GCUUCAAAAAUCAGGUCUUUUCCAAUUUCUUAGCCAACAUUCAACUGAUAGCCGAUCUACUUGUGGAACGGAAAAUCGAGUUUUUGACCAUCACUGGGCAAACCUCAGCCUCAGUACGACAGCAGUACUCGCAUCUGUUCAACGACUCAAGGCAAAAGUACAAGGUGUUCCUAGUUUCGACCAUGGCUGGAAAUGCUGGGCUUAAUUUGUAUGGUGCUAAUCGUGUGAUUCUGAUGGAUGUGUCGUGGAACCCAACCAACGACACGCAGGCAGUCUACAGAGCCUUUCGCAUUGGACAGGAGAAGGCCAAUGUUUAUGUGUAUCGUCUUGUGAUGGAUCAGUCGCCUGAAAGGACCGUCUAUUGGCGGAACAUUCUGAAGGAAACGACAGCCAUAGAGAUCAUCGACAAGCAAACG